AUGACCGUCUAAUAGAAAAGGAAAAAUCACUCCUCGCUUGCUCUCUCUGUUCCCUCCGCUUCUCUUCCCGUCCGUCUCUCCUUCCACACACACACUCCCGCUUUGCGUAAGGAGAAACAGAAGGAGAAGAAGAAGGAGGAGGAGAAGAAGAAGAAGAAGAAGCAGAAGAGGAGUGAGGGAAAUAGAGGGACUGGGGUGUUUGAAACGCAGUUCCAGCUUCAAAACCCUCUUUUUUGGGCUCCUGAUCGACUUGAGCCGCGGCAUUGCCUAAUCGAGAGGUUUUGAGGGGCCGCAGCGGGGUGAUUUCCGGUUCUGCCGGGGCUUCGGUGGUCGGGAGUUUAGGGUUUGGAUGCGAGGGACGCAGAUCCGGUGAAAUUAGGAAUGGGAGAUGCUUCGGGAGAGGGUGGAGGCGGAGGAGCGGAGGGCUCCCUGUUGUCGGAGCUCAGCUGUAGCGGAAACGGACCGGCGCCUCCACCUGCCCCGGGGUUGACGGUUUCCGGCUCGUUCAAGGUGAAGAAGAAGAGCAUGAUCCGGCCGAGCCUUGACGCCGACGAGUUUAUCAAUCUCUUGCACGGCUCGGAUCCGGUCAAGGUUGAGCUUAAUCGGCUCGAGAAUGAAGUCAGAGAUAAGGAGCGGGAGUUAAGUGAGGCCCAGGCGGAGAUUAAAGCCUUGAGAUUGUCCGAACGUCAGAGGGAGAAGGCCGUAGAGGAGCUUACGGAGGAGUUGGAAAAGCUGGAGGAGAAACUCAAGAAGACGGAAUCUCUCUUGGAAAGCAAGAAUCUUGAAAUUAAGAAGAUAAAUGAUGAGAAAAGAGCAUCAAUGGCUGCACAAUUUGCAGCAGAGGCAACACUCCGGAGAGUUCAUGCAGCACAAAAGGAUGAUGAUAUGCCUCCAAUUGAAGCCAUUCUUGCCCCAUUGGAAGCAGAGCUUAAGCUUGCUCGCCAGGAGAUUGCAAAAUUACAAGAUGACAACAAGGCAUUAGAUCGACUAACUAAAUCAAAAGAAGCAGCGUUGCUUGAUGCCGAAAGAACUGUCCAGAUUGCAUUGGCAAAGGCAUCUUUGGUGGAUGAUUUGCAGAACAAGAACCAGGAGUUAAUGAAACAGAUAGAAAUCUGCCAGGAAGAAAACAAGAUUUUGGAUAAAAUGCACCGUCAAAAAGUUGCUGAGGUUGAAAAGCUCAGCCAAACUGUACGGGAGUUGGAAGAGGCAGUUCUUGCUGGUGGCGCAGUUGCAAAUGCUGUGAGAGACUACCAGCGCAAAGUUCAAGAGAUGAAUGAGGAAAAGAAGACCCUUGAUAGAGAGCUGGCCCGUGCCAAGGUGACAGCAAAUAGGGUUGCUGUUGUGGUGGCAAAUGAAUGGAAGGAUGCUAAUGACAAGGUUAUGCCAGUCAGGCAGUGGCUUGAGGAGAGAAGAUUUCUACAGGGAGAAAUGCAACAGCUUCGGGAUAAACUUGCUGUGGUGGAGCGUGCUGCAAGAUCUGAAGCACAGUUGAAAGAAAAGUAUCAACUGCGACUGAAAGUUCUUGAGGAGAGCUUGAGAUCACCUGCAGGCGCCACUCGUACUUCUUCAGAUGGACGAAGUAUGAGCAAUGGUCCCUCACGACGGCAGUCUCUUGGUGGAGCUGAUAAUAUGUCUAAACUGACACCAAAUGGUGUUCAAUCUAAGAGACUACUACCUUCAUAUUCCUUGUCAAGAUCGUCCAUUUCAAGCAGCACAAGUACGAUCCUGAAACAUGCCAAAGGAACAUCAAGAUCUUUUGAUGGUGGUUCUAGGUCAUUAGAUCGGAACAAGGUCCUUUCAAAUGGACCUGGAGCUAGCUGUUCUCUUAAUAAAGAUCCAGAGAUCAAUAGAGAGAGUGAGGCACAGAGUUCUUGGAAGGAUAACCCUGAGGAGAAACCUACUGAAUCUCCUAAAGGUGACACAUCUGAUCAUGUCUCCGGAGUGUUAUAUGAUAUGCUUCAAAAGGAGGUGAUAGCUUUGAGAAAGGCUAGUCAUGAGAAGGAUCAAAGCCUUAAAGACAAGGAUGAUGCAAUUGAGAUGCUGGCUAAGAAGGUAGACACACUAACAAAGGCAAUGGAGGUGGAGGCCAAGAAGAUGAGAAGAGAAGUUGCCGCUAUGGAGAAAGAAGUAGCUGCUAUGCGAAUUGAGAAGGAGCAUGAUCAAAGGGCAAGGAGAAUGAGCAGUUCUAGGGUCUCUGUCAGCAGUUCUCAGUUACUUCCAGGAAGGCAUUUGAGAAACACGUAACACGUAGCUCGAGCAACCCAACUACGGUGAUGCUAUCAGAUGUAUGUUGUUGAAGGUACAUCUGCAUAGUUUUCUCUUUCCCAAUUGUUGAAGUUGUACAAGCCGUUUCAAGCGAUCCUGUGAUGGCAGAAAGUUGGAACUGGAGGAAGAAGGUGCUCUGCUUCUGACUUGAUGGUUGCUUAUAGGAAGCGGACAAUGAUAUUAAAAUGUUGCCUAUCCUUCGCAAGUCUCUGCUGACAGUGCUUGCUUGGCUGUAUAGGUCUGUUUUUUCUUUUUCCCCUUUUUUUACCCUCUUUCUCUCUUCUGGUGGCGGUUGUGUGCAUCCGAGGUUGUGAAUAUUUUUGUGAUCAGAUUUGUUGAUUUUGUGGGUUUGAUGGGAUCUACUGAUUUGGUGUUA